CAGCUGCGCGGUAAUUGGCAAACAUAUGUUAUUUGUUUGUUAUUUCGAUUCCAAAAUAGUUACUGGUUACCUAAUCUAUAAGAACAAACCUAGAAAAGAGCAAAACCAGCAUACUCUCCAAAAAAUAACAAAUUUUCCUGUGGAGCUUUUGCGAGAAACAACUUGUUGUUGCUGUCACUUGUGCUUUAUUUUCGUUUUUUGUUUAGUGCUCAGUUUUUGAGAAACUCUUCAAAGUGGCGUUUGAUUUUUCCGACAUGUUGAAAUUUUUGAUAACAUUUGGGGCUGGCAUAUAUACUGGAAUUUACAUAAGUCAAAAUUAUGAGGUUCCUCGUGUAGAUGAACCCGGCAAGCUGGUCGACAAAAUAAAAGAAUUUGCGGACGAACAUAGAAAAAACAUAACUAUGAAAUGAGCAACUUUACAACAUCAAGCAAACGGUAAACAUCACUUAUGAUCGUCCAUUAUAAUUUGUGAAUAUCCAAGCAUCAAGGGUACUAAACGAUUGAAUCAAAUGGAUGAUCAUAUUUAUACAUUUCAAAGGUUAACAACUGGUUAAUAUUUUCAAAUUUAGAAACAAAUUAAUUUAAUAAAACGAUAUAUUUAAUUUCCUAUUAAAAAUAAAUUGAAACCCAUAUUUGCCUCUCCGAACAUGUGUAAA